AUGUCUUUUGGUAGACAUGCCUACCGGCAUGCUCUAAACCCGUCAUCGACCCCGAGCCUCGAUUAUCUCUGGAUUAGCGACGACUUACUUGCAACGACCUUCCGUCGGUUUGCGAACGGACAACGGCGCCAUGGGAGCUGUGUCCCCGGACCCCUAGAGGCACGAAGACGCCUUGCUAAGCGGAGAAACACGGCUCUGGCAGGAUUGGGUGGUGGACCAGCUGAGGAUAUGGCGUGUUUAUUUGGACGCAAUGGACGUGAGCAUAUGAAGUGGACCGAUAAUCCAUGGCAGCGAGCACAUCUCGAUACACAAGGCUUAGGCAGCUAUGCAUUUGGCACGUCCGAACUUCCACUAACUCUCGAGAAUCACCAUACCGAGCCCGUCGAACCUUUCAUCUCCCAUAAUCGCUCAUCAACUUUCGAUUCAAGCCCUUCGAACCGCACACAGGCCCUACAGCAAUUCCUAGAACAUGAAGGCUGGAACAUUGAAGAUGCUCGAGAUCUCAUUCGCCAACUGCAUAUCGACCUUCAGCGCGAGCCGGAAUUUAGUAGGCAAAUCUUCGAUCAUAUCAUCCAGCGUUCACCGGUGGACCUUGCACAAGCAGUCGCAUUUCUGGAAGAUCCAUUCCUCAACACAUAUGGCUCUGGGAAUCAUCUCACCGCCGUGGAGUUGUUUGCGCGUAGCAAGAAAAAGCGAUCGAGCAGAAUCGCCAUCCUAGAUACAGUAUCACGGGGAUUAGAACUAGGGUUGGUUUCAAUGAGUGAGCUGUGUUCGAUUAUCCAAACUCUGCCAAAGAUACUCAUCGAACGAAACAAGACCUUGGAUGCUUGGGAUCAAAAAGCCUUACUGAAGCAUCAUCGAGCAUUGUGGAAAGCUAUUGGGAAGUGCAAUAUCCUCGGUUACCGUGACCUCGACAAGCAAGUCAUAGACCUCUGGGUUCAAGAGCUUUUGCGCAUUGGCAGCUUUCGCUUCGCCGAGGAGAUUAUCAUUGCUACGCACGAUGUGAACUUUGCUAAAUCCUGGCCUUCAACGCUAGUCUUGAAACAUCUCGAAUGCACGAAUGAAAUUGAUGGAACCACACCUUUUCAAUGGGUUGGCAGAUUUCUAGAUCAUCUUGAUGCAGAUACAUCAGCCAAGUGUAUUAUUGGUGUCACCGAGCACCUUGCCUCGAUCGAAUCCGACAAUGAGUCCCGCUACGAGUUGCUUGGCCGAUGGAGGGACUGUUUAUCGCAGCUCUCGGCUACAUCUGCGAUUGCGAAGUCCCAGGCGUGGCUUGAUAUGCCGUUGGCGUACAUGGAUACUGCAAUCGAUCACCCUACCUCAUCGACUCUACCGAUCCACUCCCAGAUUGUUUUGCGUCUCUGGGCCCUCAGGACUUUGAGUCGGACUCUGGCUCCCAUGUACAACCAAAGCUCUAGGGUGACGGAUUUACCUAUUUGUCAACUACUCAACCUCUAUGAAAUGGUCACGCAGAAGACGGACGAAUCAUUCCUGUCAAGCUUCAUGCACGGCAUUCACGAACUGGAUCUUCCAUAUAACAGUCUUCUUUUGCUGGCUGUUGAUAUGAAGCUGAGAAAGCUAACAUCAAAGGCCACACGCCAAACUCUCCAGCGGUUGGAAACUACCCAGGUCUCAAUAUCAGACAUUUGGACAGACCAUUCUGUCUAUAGAGGAAUCCGGGGACUUUUCCACGAGACAUUCGAACAAAUGUUUCGCAAUAUGGAUAUCACCAAUCCAGAGUCUGUGGCAGAAUGCCUUCAUCUUGCUCGUGUGGGAGAUUCGAAGGAUGUUUGGUCUCUCCUCAGACUCCUCAACAACCACACACCUAUGAAAAUUUGUCUUCACAAAGCUUGGGCGCCUAUCCCACAUCCCGAUGAGAAAGCGCUGGUUCGCUAUCAUCCGGGGCCCCGGGACAGCCAAAGCCCUGAUCCCUAUGCAGCUGUGGAAUUUAUUCAUCAGCUAGCUGUUGCGUUCUCCUGCUGCAAGCAACUUACGCCUUCCCGGUCGUUUCACCUUGUCCACUGGAUCUAUGACUACUUACGCCGACAUGGUGGCCCUGUAUACCCCUCUCUGGUACGAGCUAUGUACCAUGCUGGCGUUGUGCGAUAUCGUAGCGAGGGGCGCCGAGUCUCGGGCACUCAAUAUGAUUACAUUCUCUGGAUCGCGAGGAAGUUUGAGGGACCUGGUGUGGUCAGGGAGCUCACCAGUGGGGCGACAAUCGCCAGAGGACGACCUGUUGAAUACGAAGAUAGCUACUAA